CACAAAACACAUUCAUUCACACUUGUGUAUUUAGUCUACCAACCCUUUAUUCUUACAUUUAAUAAAGCAAGAACCCUAAUGUUUUGAAUAGGUUUUGUUAACUUAGCUCUUUUUUUGGGCUCCUCCUAUAUUAAUUGACCUUUGUCUUACCAAUCACAUUAUAAAAAGUUGCAUUCAAUUAAAUUCAAUUCAACUUCUUUGUCUUCUCUACCCGAUUCUCUCUCCAUUUCUAAAUGGAACAGGAGAACGGUGGCCAUUAAUAAUAUGGUUAUGGCAGGGUAGCUGUAGCUGCUAUUCUAUCUUCUUCCUCCUCUUCUUCUUAUUCCACUUCUACUUAUCCUUUCUUCCACAUUUAAGUUUGUCCGAAUACCAAAAAACCUACAAGUCUUUCAUAGAAAAUUUCCCAUUCGUUUCUUGAAGAAACAUUAGCCAAAAAAAAUUUGCAUGCACUGACGCAAAAGCUACAGUUGUGGUUGUCCUCCUUAAAUGCCAACAAGAAAACAGUCCAUUUAUUGAUUCUAUGCACAGAAUCAUCUGAGAAAAGAAGAUGGACGACAGGACAAUUUCCCACAGUCAAACCUUUUAUAUUCUUGAAUCUCCCUCCCUUUUCUUCCAUCAUCAUCUUCUUCUUUUUAGCUCAUCAACCUUAUAGAACAAUAUCUUCUUCUUUUUUUCUUUUCUUUUUUUUUGUGCUUUCUUUCUUUAAGCCCAAAAAAGAGAAGAAAGAUGGCAUCUUUGAGACUAGUUUUAUCAUUUCUUAUUGGGAUUUUUCUAGUCUCUGUUUUGAACCCAACUGGAGGAUUUGUAUCUUGCCAGAGUCUGAGUUCCUCCUCUUCCUCUGCUCCUUCUUCAACUCUUCAAGUACUUUUGGAUGUGAAGAAUUCAUUUCAAGACCCACAGAAUGUGUUGAAAGACUGGUCCAAUAGCAACCCAAAUUUCUGUACUUGGUUUGGUGUUUCAUGUCCAGCUGAUGGCUCAUUUCAAGUGGUGAGUCUUAAUCUCUCUGAUUCUUCACUUGGUGGGACAAUAUCACCUUCCCUUGGCCUCUUGCAGGACCUGCUCCAACUUGAUCUUUCUUCUAACCAGCUUUCUGGUCCCAUCCCAACUGCUCUCUCAAACCUUUCUUCUUUGCAAGUUUUGCUUCUCUUCUCUAACCAGCUUUCUGGUCCCAUCCCUCCUGAACUCGGCUCACUCAUCAGCCUCCAGAUUCUCAAAAUUGGUGACAAUGGCCUCACAGGAAAGAUUCCUGCUUCAUUUGGGAAUCUCCAAAAUUUGGCCAUUCUUGGUCUGGCCUCAUGCAGUCUCAGUGGUCCUGUUCCUCCAGAGUUGGGACAAUUAUCCCAACUUCAGUACUUGAUUUUGCAGCAGAAUCAGUUAGAAGGGCCUGUUCCAUCUGAGGUUGGCAAUUGUUCUAGCCUUGUUGUCUUUACUGCUGCAUUGAACUAUUUGAAUGGAUCAAUCCCAUCUGAAUUGGGGAGUCUUGGGAAUCUCCAGACUCUGAAUCUUGCUAAUAAUAGUCUCUCAGGGAAGAUUCCUGACCAGCUUGGGGGAAUGAGUCAGUUGGUUUAUCUGAAUUUGCUUGGUAAUCAGCUUGAAGGUGCAAUUCCCAAAUCAUUGUCAAAUUUGCAUAAUCUUGGAACUUUGGACUUGUCUGGAAACAAGCUUACUGGUGAAAUUCCAGCUGAAUUUGGCAACAUGGGUCUGCUCAACUACUUGGUUUUGUCAAGUAACAAUCUUUCUGGUGUUGUGCCAAAGAGUUUGUGUUCCAACACUACCAAUUUGGAGCACAUAAUGCUUGGUGAAAAUCAACUCUCUGGUGAAAUUCCUGUAGAGUUGAAAGAUUGCAAGGCACUGAAGCAACUUGAUCUGUCUAAUAAUACUCUGAGUGGCUCAAUUCCAGAAGAGCUGUAUGAGUUAGUUGGAUUGACUGAUCUCUUGCUCAACAACAACACCUUGGUUGGUUCAAUUUCUCCUGCCAUUGCCAACCUUACCAAUUUGCAGACUUUGGCACUGUACCAAAACAAUUUGAAGGGCCCUCUGCCAAGAGAGAUUGGAAUGCUGGGAAAUCUUCAGAUUAUUUAUCUCUAUGACAAUCAGUUUUCUGGGGAGAUUCCUGAAGAAAUUGGUAACUGUUCCAGCCUACAGAUGAUUGAUUUCUUUGGGAAUCAAUUUUCAGGGCAGAUUCCAAUGACACUUGGGAGACUAAAGGAGCUCAACUUUCUUCACCUCAGACAGAAUGAUCUUUCAGGAGAGAUUCCAGCAAGUCUGGGGAACUGCCAUCAGCUUUCGAUUCUUGAUUUGGCAGACAAUCGGCUGUCAGGAUCAAUUCCUCCGACUUUCGGGAACCUUCAAGCUCUCAGUCAGCUCAUGCUCUACAACAAUUCACUUGAAGGUAAUCUUCCAGGUGAACUCAUCAAAGUCUCAAACCUGACAAGAGUGAAUUUAUCUGGAAACAAAUUAAAUGGUAGCAUUGCUGCACUCUGUAGUUCGCAUUCUUUUCUUUCAUUUGAUGUUACUGAUAAUGCAUUUGAUGGAGAAAUACCACCAGAAUUAGGCAAUUCACCUGCUCUUGAGAGGUUAAGGUUAGGGAACAAUCAAUUCACUGGCAAAAUUCCUUGGACAUUUGGUUUUAUUAGGGGACUUUCACUUCUAGACCUCUCAGGAAAUGCACUCACUGGUUCUAUACCAACACAGCUUUCAUUAUGCAAGAAUCUUUCCCACAUUGAUCUCAAUAAUAACCUUCUUUCUGGACCAAUUCCAUUUUGGUUUGGAACUUUGCCUCUUUUGGGAGAGGUGAAGCUUUCCUUUAAUCGCCUUUCGGGACCCCUUCCUCAAGAAUUGUUCAAUUCCUCCAGGCUUCUGGUUCUGUCCAUCAGUGAUAACUCACUGAAUGGCACUCUUCCUCCUGAAAUUGGUCAGCUCAAGUCUCUCAAUGUCCUUAAUCUUGAUAGAAACCAACUCUCUGGUCCUAUACCUCCAACCAUUGGGAGUUUAAGCAAGCUUUAUGAACUUCAUUUAGCUCACAACAGUUUCAGUGGUGAAAUACCUUCUGAAAUAGGAAGCUUGCAGGAUCUCCAAAGCAUCCUAGAUUUAAGUGACAAUAAACUCACUGGUGUUAUCCCAUCAUCCAUCAGUAGCCUGUCGAAACUUGAAGUACUUGAUCUAUCUCAAAACGAACUUUCUGGAGAAAUCCCUCAUAAACUCGGUGAGAUGAUGAGCUUGGACAGACUUAACCUCUCUUACAAUAAUCUCCAAGGGAAAUUGGACCAGGGUUAUUCUCACUGGCCUGCUGAGGCGUUUGUUGGAAAUUUACAACUUUGUGGAAAGCCUCUUGACAGCUGCAAGAACCUCAAGUCUGGCGGGAACUCAGGUCUAAGUCAGUCAACUGUGGUUGUGAUUUCAGCCGUAUGCACAACAAUUACAAUCAUAUUGCUAUUGCUAGCUGCUGCCCUGUUCUUCAAAAACCGGCGGGAAGCCAUGUUGAGAGCCAAGGAGGGGAGCUACGGCUAUUCUUCUACUUCAUCCUCCCAAGCACAAAAGCGACCAUUAUUUCAAAACCAUGCUGUCGGACAUGAUAUCAGGUGGGAAGACAUAAUGGAAGCCACAAACAAUCUCAGCGAGGAGUUUAUGAUCGGGUCUGGAGGAUCAGGAACUAUAUACAAAGCUGAAUUGUUUAGUGGAGAAACAGUGGCCAUAAAGAAAAUACGUCGAAAGGAUGAUCCCAUGAUGGAUAAAAGCUUUGCUAGAGAAAUUAAGACGCUUGGUAGGAUCAGGCACAGGCAUCUGGUUAAGUUGUUGGGGUACUGCAACAACAAAGGGGAAGGCUGCAAUUUGCUGAUCUACGAGUACAUGGAAAAUGGAAGUCUGUGGGAUUGGCUACACAAGCAACCAAUCAAUCACAAGAAGAAAAAAAUCCUUGACUGGGAAGCGAGACUGAAGAUAGCAGUGGGCUUAGCACAGGGUAUUGAGUAUCUUCACCAUGAUUGUGCGCCUAAAAUCAUUCACAGGGAUAUUAAGUCUAGUAAUGUUCUGCUAGAUUCUAAUAUGGAGGCGCAUUUGGGGGAUUUCGGAUUGGCAAAAGCUCUCACCAGCAACUACGAUUCUGUUGAUACUGACUCAAACUUAUGGUUUGCAGGCUCUUAUGGUUAUAUUGCACCAGAGUAUGCUUAUUCUUUGAAAGCCACGGAGAAAAGUGAUGUUUACAGCAUGGGUAUUGUGCUCAUGGAGCUAGUCAGUGGGAGAAUGCCGACUGCUGGGAAUUUCGGAGAGGACAUUGACAUGGUAAGAUGGGUAGAAUCCCACAUGGAAAUGCAAGGAUCAGCUCGUGAGGAGAUCAUCGAUUCGGCAUUGAAACCACUGUCACCAUCUGAAGAAAAUACCAUCUUCCAAGUGCUAGAGAUUGCAUUGCAAUGCACAAAGACGGCACCUUUUGAAAGACCUACUUCCCGGCAAGCAUGUGACUCAUUACUCCAUGUAUCCACUGAUAAGAUGGUACACACUGAAAAAAUGAGUCCUGAUCCAUAUGUAUAGUCUUCCCUGGAGUGAUUAUUUGGUACUUAUGUUAGGUAUUAUGAGUAAAUGACAGUUGCAAUUGCAGAGUCAACAUCUUGGUAUGCUAACAAGAUUGAGAUCAAAAUUCGUUUUUAGCUAACUCAAUUCGUUUGUCCAAUUUGUAGCCCCAUAUCAUACAUUGAAUCUGUUCUAUCACUAUGUUAAGGUCCUGCCUGAUUCUAAAC